AUGUCGCUGACCGCAGGAGAUCGGGAGCGACUCGAGCGAUUACUAAAACGAAAUAUUUAUAAACGAGACCAAGCCGUGGAGCAAAUUUCGAUUUUAAUGGGUGUUGUUAAUAGCACAAAAAGUGAACAGGCCGAUAUCGCGAUACUGCAACCGAGACUGGAUGAUCUUGAAAUGUUAAUUACCGACGUCCGUCUCUAUCAAGAUUCGAUUUUAGACGGGUUUAUCGAACUCGACCGCGAUAGUGAAUUCAUUACAACACACCACCCGAUAGGAAAACUCGCAUUAGAACAAUAUUAUACCAUAAAAUCUAUAUGCAAUGAAAUUGGUUUAACUAAGCAGAAUCCAGUUUCACCACCUACCACACGAAAUAUUCAACUACCAAGAAUAGAAUUGCCGUCGUUCGACGGAAAUAUUCUACAUUGGCGAGCCUUCCGUGACACAUUCGUAUCUUUAGUGCAUGACAAUGAUCAAGUACCACCGAUUCAAAAAUUCCAUCAUCUAUUGUCUGCCGUAUCAGGUUCGGCGGCUGCUACGGUAAAAUCGGUUCCAUUGAUUGAAGCCAAUUAUCCAAUUGUAUGGCAAAAUUUGAAUGAUCGCUUCGACAAUAAACGUGUGCUUUUGGGUGCACAUAUGGAUACGCUUUUUCGAGUUUCUCCUAUAAAAACCGAAUCUCUUGUGGAGUUAAACAGUUUCUUAACUACAUUCCAGGAAAAUAUAGAAGCGAUAAAUGCGCUCGAAGUCGAUGAUUUUCCUGGUUUCUUUUUAUUUUAUCUUGCGGCUCGUAUAUUGGAUCCUGUAACUCGUCAGGCAUUUGAAUUUGAAUAUCACGCCGCUGAAGUACCUACUUUCGACAUGUUGGCUGAGUUCUGUCCAAAGUUCAUCCAGCAGAACGCGAAACAACGUUUUCGGCUUGUGAAAUCAAACAGGUUAUGUACGAACUGCUUAAGUUCGUCCCAUAAAACGUCUGACUGCGAAUCGACAUAUACCUGUCGUCACUGUGCACUCAAACACCAUUCUUUAUUACACCUGGAGACCGCACAAACGCGAAAAAAUUCCUGUCCUACGAAUAAAAGUAACAACGUUAAUCAAUCGACACCCACGCCCUCGGCUACACCCGUACCAACCGUGUCUAAUACGACCGACAGUGUGCCGUUUGUGGGGACGUCUAGUUCGAAAACCAACGUAGUACUGGGUACAGCGGUUAUACGCAUACGUAAUAACUGUGGGCAAUUAUCUCCCGUUCGUGUGCUUAUUGAUACUGGGUCACAAAUAUCCGUCAUUACUACUGCGUGCGUAUCAAGAUUGGGAAUCAAACGUAGGCAUUGUAAUACCGCGGUAACUGGUUUGUCACAAACAUCGGUAUCUACAACAAAGGGCUCAACUAAUUGUACUUUACUACCACGUCACUCGACAUCACCAGAAAUUUAUUGUGAACCUGUAAUUUUGUCUAGGAUUACUGGACCGAUGCCGAACGUACUAUUACCUAGUAACAUUCGUACCACCUAUUCGCAUUUAACGCUUGCCGACCCUCAUUUUGACGUACCAGGUCAUAUCGAUUUCUUGCUGGGCGCAGAUAUUUACCCGUAUAUACUAGGACAAUCUUGUCAGGUACUACAUACCUCAAAUUGUCCAUCAGCUUUCGAAACACGUUUAGGGUGGAUAAUAGUGGGUCAAUCUUCUGCGGACUCGCGUACACCCCCGGUUUCCUUAUUGUUGACACCGGAGCCUUCGAUAGACCAUCUAAUCCAGCAGUUCUGGGCCGUCGAAGAACCAGUACCAACGAACAGUACGUUCACUACCGACCAACAGUGUGAAGACCAUUUUAUUCGUACAACAACUCGCGAUAGUACAGGUAGAUACUCAUUAGCACUACCAUUCAGUAUUGACCCAUCGUGUCUUGGCGAUUCUCGGGACAUGGCGAUAUCACGGUUCUAUAAUUUGGAACGUAAAUUGUUAAAAGACCCGCAGGACGAAAUCACCGAGAUGCUCGGCCGAGGUGGUUUUGAGUUAAAAAAAUGGUCGUCAAACUGUAAAGAAUUACUCUCUAAAGUUCCAAAUGAAGAUCAAGCUAAUAGUUUGUGUUUUGAUCCUAAAGACGAUGCGGGAGUAAGAAUACUUGGAUUACAUUGGAAUCCAGCUGCCGACACCUUUACCUAUCAUACGUCCUCCAUAAUAUCUAAUAUUCAUACCAAAAGAUCAGUGUUGUCAACGAUCGCCAAACUAUAUGAUCCUCUUGGUGCUCUUGCUCCCAUCAUAUUUUGGGCCAAAUGCUUCAUGCAGUUACUCUGGCAAGCGGGUCUUCAAUGGGACGAGCCAUUACCGUCACACUUAAUUGACCUGUGGAAACAGUACGAGUCUGAAUUGCACAUGGUCUCGGGGAUAAAAAUUUGUCGCCAUAUUCCCACCGAGAAGCUCACUAGCGUGCAACUUAUUGGUUUUUCAGAUGCAUCGGAGAAAGGUUAUGCCGCCGUGGUCUAUUUGCGCACUAUUCACCAGGACGGGCGUGUACUAAUACAUUUUAUUACUGCCAAAUCAAAGGGGCCUCCGUUUUUAAAAUUACCGGACUCUGAAUGGCCAAUCACAUCGUUCAAACCAAUUCAACCAUCACACUUGCCAGAUUAUUCGGAUCCAACAAACGCGUGCUUAAUGGUGGUGCCGGAAAAGGAAGUUGAAUGGUUCACACGUUUUUCGUCAUUGAAACGUAUGCAACGCGUCACCGCCAUCAUGUAUCGGUUUAUAAGGCAUACGCGCACGAACCGUGUCCCAUACGUCGCACCCAAAUAUAUAUAUGACCCUAUCUCCGGUGAAGAAAUUUCGAAUGUGAUGGUACCGAUCAUUCGUAUGACACAAUCAGUACACUUCGUAAGUUUGUUGAGGAUCCUACAAGUACCAACUGCAAAGAUAGUUCCUCGUUCAAUUGCCCAACUUGCGCCGUUUAUUGAUAAAAACAACAUUAUACGGGUGGGUGGACGACUCCGAAAUGCAUUGGUAUCACCAGAAACAAAAAACCCAAUAUUGUUGCCAAAAUCAAAAGUACAAAAAAGAAAAGUUCUAUGGAAUAAAUGGGACAAAAAAUAUAAAGACAGGGUAGUUUCUGACAAGGCAUGGGAUGAAGUAGCUAAAAUAACAAAAAUGACAACGAUACAUACUUCGAUGACUAUAUUUGAUACAGCAGUCUUUGAAAUUCGAAAUGUUAGCGCUAACUGUCGAAAUGCUAAUCCUGUGGCCAAAGGAAGACGUGAAAAAAAAUGGAGAGGUUUACGGGACACAUUUUUGAGGGAAAAGAAAAAAGUUAAAAAAAGUCGUUCCGGAGAUUCACAAGAAGGCGCUGAGGUGUAUUUAGGAAAAUGGUCCCAUUAUAAAUUGAUAAUGUUUUUAAAAGACACAACUAAUCCGAGAAUUUCAGAUGGUAAUAUUUCAGGCGAAGAAGAUUCACUUCAAGAAUGUCCUGACACUGAUGGUGGCCAUGAUAAUGAUAUAGACCAUAUUGAUAACGAUGACUCAAAUACUAUGAAUAUAUUUAAUGUGUCGGAAACUGAAACAGAAACUAGGCAAAGAAUUGAAUGUAUUCCAACAUUUGAAUCAUGCAGUACACCAUCAAUAUCAAUGUCAACAACAAACUUAUCUAGCAAUUCUGAUCACACACUACCUCGCAAGAAAAAAAAAAAUGAAGAUAAAUAUUUAGAAGAUUUACUGAACAUUGAGAGUCAAAAAGUGGCAUUUUUAAAGCAGUCUUAUAACAAUAAUGUAACCACUUCAGAAAUCGAUGAAGAUAUGUCAUUUUUUCAGUCUCUAAUUCCAUAUUUUAAAAAAUUAGAUCCAAUCCAAAAGCUUCGAGUUAGAAAUAAGUUUCAAAAUAUUUUAAUAGAAGAACUAUCUCCGAUUCGAGAACAGGUAUUAAAUGUUUCAAAUAUACCACCAUACAUCGCAGAAUCUACUCCAGAUCCUCAACUAUCAGUUUCAUCAUACAACGCUCAGCAAUAUACUUCACAAGAACCAGGUUAUCAUUACAUUCACUCAUCUAAUGUUCAAUAA